UUUGUGAACGCGAAAAAGCAGGCCGCUAGUAAUCGGACCCAAUAGUUAAUCCCACAAAAGCAAGUUAGUUAUACUUCAACUGUUCAAGGUUUUCUUCGCCGUUGUUGUUAAGGUAGAUUUCAUAUUCAUUUGGACCAUGAAGAACCUAACGCUGCAAAAGCUCAUCGUGGAGCUCUAUAAAGUGUUUGAAAGCGAUUCAGUCAAUAUUGAGCAAGUAAAGCAGCUGAUGUCCAGUUACCAGGGCGACCCGGCCGAGUGGAGCAAAUAUGCCAAAUACGAACCUGGCAAGUACACCCGCAAUCUCGUCAAUGAGGGUAACGGCAAAUUCAACCUAAUGAUCCUUUGCUGGAGCGGUUCGGUAAAGAGCUCCAUUCACGACCAUGCCGAUGCUCACUGUUUUAUGCGUUUGUUGGCGGGUGACCUCACGGAGGUGCGCUACGACUGGCCUCACGGUAAAGCAAUGCAACUUCGUGAUGAAUCCACGAUGUUGCCCGGCGACGUGUGCUACAUCAACAACGAGAUAGGUCUGCACCGCGUCGAGAACCGCGCUCCGGAAAUCGCUGUUUCCUUACAUCUUUAUAGCCCUCCGUUUAGCACGUGCUAUAUGUUCGACGAAAACACCGGUAAGAAGGUAAUUUCGAAGGUCACCUUCUGGAGCCGUUACGGAGAGCGCACGCCUAUCAUUCAGACUCGUGAGCCCUAGAAGUUUCCUUUGAGCUCAAUUAUCUCUUAUCCGAGCGAUGUCAUUAGCAGUAACGGAUAACCGGACAGCGUUUACUUAUACAUAUAUAACAUAUAUAUAUAUAUAUAUAUAAUAUAACAAGUAUAUAUACAAAUCUGCACUAACAAGCAUCAGUCCCACUCAGUAUGAAAGUUUUAAGCAUUUGCUUGUGGAACUACAAAAAGAUGUCCGGCCAUUUACUGCCGAUCUGCUUGCCCUCCUGCUUGCUCGUACAACGCGGGAUCUUUCAUCGCAAGCGUCUAAGGUGCCAUGCAGUGCACCCCAACGUCUCUGCAGUAGCAGCAAGAUGUUCCUGCUAAUCAACCUCGUCACUGGAGGCCUAUAAGGUCCACUGUAAAUGUAUCAUAUCUCACAUUGACCUUUACAAAAGCUUUCGUGUAUGUCCGAGGCCGGAACGGUACCGGUUCAUAAAUACUGUCAAAUGUCAUCUGUAUGAACGCUCCUCGAGGUAGUGUCCCGCUGAAACUGAAUACUUAAAUGCCAUCUAUCCUGACGAAAGACAGUAGUCCCGUAAACCGACAUAAAGCGCUUUGUAUUAUUUAAGCAUAGGUUUGCAUUGAAUUCUCCAGUGUAUAUGUAUAUAUAUAUAUAUAUAUACAUACACAUACACAGAUUUGAAUCCAUUCUCUCUGAGGAUGCGCUAAAGGCCAGAGAAAGCCGUAGAUUUCAGUUCUAUUUACGGAACAUACCCUUGAUUUCUACUUGGCGAAUGGUUCUAUUUUCAAACUAGGUAAUUGUAAAUAAAGCGAAGUAACGACAAUAAUAAUAAACACUAUGACUAUGACUCUA